AUGGCUGCAUCCCAUAUCAUCGGUUAUGCCGACCCUCUUGUGGCCUCGCCCGGCGAGACUGUCUCAAUCCAUGUCUCCUGCCACCGCGAUCAAUACUCCAGCCAAUUUGUCCGACUAGGCCCAGGUCAGCUGGACCACCCUGACGCUCCGCCCGAGGAUCGUCGCCCCGUUGAGUCAGUUGCGACCGCUAAGCACUUCGGUCGCCCGCAAUUCUCCCGGCCGGGGUCCUUUGCUACAGUCCACUGGAAGAGUGACCUUCUGAUUCACAAUGGUAUUUUGAGAGUCUCCUUCUGGGCACAACCUACUCUACCUCAUGCUGGUCAUAGACAGUAUCUGUUUUCAUCGCUCGAUCCAGAUGGGCGUUCGGGCCUGGCGGCACUGAUCGAUGAGGGCACUCUGGUACUGCUCACUGGAGCGGCGGAUGGGGUUCAGACUAUACCUCUGUCAGUUCGUCUAGAGCGCUGGAUGUGGUAUUAUUUGUUAUUAACCUGGGAUCCGGUGUCGAACUCUGUCAGCGCCGAUGUGCGAAGCAAGCCCGACGAUGUUGGGCUAGCACCAACCACACAAACUGAAAGCCAGCGGGUGAAGCCCAUGGAGUUGAAGUCCUCGCAAUGUCUGACGAUUGCCAGCCACACCAGUGGUGAGAGAGUAGCGCCAAAGCCCAUGUCGUCGAGUAGCUUCAACGGUAAGAUCGACGGGUUCCGCGUCGAGGUAGGAUCGCAGUGCAUCCUGGAUCUUGAUUUUAGCCAAGAUAUCCCCACAAAGUCGCUUCGUGAUCGUUCCAUUCAUGCGACACACGGUAUAAUAGUCAAUAGCCCUACCCGCGCCGUGACCAGCCAUGACUGGGACGCUCACGAGGUGGACUGGACGCGUGCCUCUUAUGGGUACGGUGCCAUCCAUUUCCAUGACGACGACGUGGAUGACGCUGAGUGGGAGAAGGACUUUGAGCUAGUGCUUCCCACUGAUCUACAUUCAGGAUGCUAUGGCGUCGUCAUUUCGGACGGGGACACCGAAGAUGUGAUUCCAAUCUUUGUCCGACCCGAUCUGUCCAGGUCAACCAAUCCCCCGGUUGUCCUUAUCAUGCCAACUUUCACUUACACCGCGUAUGCCAAUGAUCGCAUGUUUGACACUUCGCGGGACGUGCACAUUGACAUACCCGGGUCAGACUUGGUGACGAAAGGUCGCCAUCUUCAUAUCCUUGAGGAUCGUCCAGAUCUAGGGAUUUCGCUGUAUGACAGCCACAACGAUGGUUCUGGUGCGGUACAUUCCUCUACUAAGCGAGUGGUAGUGAAUAUGAGGCCCGACUACUAUCACUGGGGCUUUGGUGGUCCACGUGAAUUCCCGGCCGACCUAUGGUAUGUCGGGUUCCUCGAUAAAGAGCUUGGCCGAGACAACUACGAUAUCAUUACAGAUCACGACCUCUCUAUCUAUGGCCACUCGCUGCUACUUCGCUAUUCUGUUGCCCUCUCCUGCAGCCAUCCCGAAUACCCCACUUACAGUAUGCUCGACACCUACGACGCCUUCCUGGCCAAGGGCGGCUCUUUCCUGUACCUCGGUGGCAACGGCUACUAUUGGGUCACCGGUCAUCAGGCCUCAAAUCCUCACCAGAUCGAAGUCCGCCGGGCCGACCAAGGUUGUCGCACCUUCAAUUUACCUCCAGGACACUGGCAUCUCGCAUCGACCGGCGAAAUCGGUGGCCUCUGGCGUUCACGCGGGCGCCCGCCGAAUCGAUUGUGUGGUCUUGGCUCCGAUGCGUGUGGCAUGGGUCAAGGAGCAGCAUACGGCAUUGUCCCCGAGGUGCGAGUGAAUCCGAGAUUAUCCUUCCUUUUCGACAGUCCCCGACUGUGGGAUCCUACCACGACCGUCAUCGGCGACUUUGGCCUAGUGCAGGGCGCGGCGUCUGGGGACGAGAUCGACCGGCUGGAUUACUCGCUUGGAACCCCACAGAACGCGAUCAUCGUGGCGACGACGAAGUUGGCGGGUGGUCAUUCGGAUAAUUAUGGCUUGUUCAACGAGGAGAUUCUGUUUCCAAUGGUUAAUACGUUAGGAACGACGAGCGAUAAGGUGCGCAGUGAUUUAGUAUACUUUGAGACGCAGGCUGGGGGCGCCGUCUUCGCUGUGGGGUCUAUCAACUGGGUUGGGGCUUUGGCGUGGAAGAAUUAUGAGAACAAUAUUGCUGAAAUUACUGCAAAUGCGCUUCAUGACUUUGUGCGAAGGUCACAGGAGAGAUCUAAGUGA